CUUUUUUUAUCUUUCAGCUAUAUUUUGCAGACAGCUCUUGUAAGAAUCAAGGUGAACAGUUUCAAGCAACACAGAAAAGUCGGAGUAGUUAUGUAAGUUACAACGUUUUUCAACAGAAAUCAAAUGUGUUCGUUGCAAAUUGUUCGGACCUAAAGACGUGAAAAAAGGUAAAAAGUGAAAGAUACCGGCAUUUGUGGUUUAGUUUUAUACUCUUACUUUCAACAUUCAUCAUAACCAUCGUUUGUAAUUCUGAACCUUGCGGUUAUCUCGGCAGUGCUCCCACCGAUAGCAUAUUCCCAUUCGAGGUCUCUGAAGACAAUCGUUUACGGGAAGGACUGGCACGCAGUGGAUUCACAUGUAACCUUACUUCAUGUACUCCCUGUCCAUUUGGAACAUACCAAAGAAGGCUUCACAAUGGGUCUUACUCCUGCAUCGAGUGUCCAGCAGGUAACAAAGGGAAAAAAGUUAAAAAGAGUUCAGAAAACUGUUGUAAUUUGUAAUUUUAGAUUAGUUUUAACAGAGUCUUAAAAACAUGUUGCUGUUUUUCCUGAUCAAAAUUCUGCGUAAGUACGAAGAAAAAGAACCAAAACUAAAAUUCAGAUAGGAGAAAAAAAAGCGACAACGUCUUUUUCUACAAUUGUUUGGAGUUCUCCUAAAAUGAUACUUCUGUAAUCGCACAAAAAGGCGGUUUUUCAGUAUAAGUUAUACAAUGGUUCGCUUUGUCUUUGCUUUAGCUUAUAAUUAACCCAACUAUACUGCAAACGGGAAUGAUGAGUACGACAACAACGAAAUGAUGAGUACGACAGUGUUGACUGUGUAAAUUGCCUAGGUAUAUCCCCCUAGCUUUAUAGAUAUGGACUCUACGCUUGAUAAUAUGUCUUUAAUAUGCCUGAUGAUACCCUUGAGUUUUUACUCUUAGGGGGAUUCUACCAGAAUACUGUUGGCCAUUACGGGCCUUUGGCGGGACAAACGGGAUGCCUGCCUUGUCCCAAAGGUACCUUUGUGGAGCUUGACAAGUUCCCCGGAAAGCAUCAGUAUGCUUGCCGAGUGUGCCCUGGAGGUGUGUUAUGCUUUUUAAAACUGUGUAGAAAUGUUGUCACUCGAUGACACGUUAUGGUGAGUUAAGAUUUUAAGGCAAAGUAUUGUAGUUCGGAAAAAAAGUUGAAGCAGCAAACACAAGAAAUAAUAGGUUUGGUAACAGGCCUCUAACAAGUCAGCAAUAACGGUCUAAGUGAGGAUUUCGAAGGCAUAGCCGAGGAAAAGGGUGGUGUGGUGGUGAGGAUCGUGCUGAAACCAAUUGAAUGGUCAUUUUAAAAUUUGUAGAGGAGACUCAUGUUUACUGUACAUAAAUCUGCAGAAUUAGUUUAAAAAGCAGCCAGAUUGGCUCGUUCGAAUUGUUUGUUUAAAAUUUGUAGAACAGACGCAUAGGCUGUAGAAUUAAUCCAAAUGGCUGGCAGGCACCCAGGUUUUUGUUCCCAGUUUCCCACAAUGACAUUCUGAAAAAUGUGAAUGAGAUACUGCAUACAAAAUUGUUUUUACUAGUUCAACGGGAAAAAAGGUUGAAACCCGUCUGAGUUUAAAACAAAGUUGCCUUUACACAGGAUCCAAGACCGACGAGUGGGCAAGCUACCGGGGCUGCUUCUGUAUUGACACGUUCUACCGACGAGGCCGAUUUACACAGUGUGAGGCCUGUCCCAAGGACGUUCGCGGCUAUCUUUGCAAUGAGACCAUUCUGGUCAAAGAAGGCUAUUGGUGGACAUUCAGAGAUUACAAUGAGAGCUGGGAAUAUCAACGAUUUGUUGACGCUUUAAUAACCCCUGAUGAGAAGUUUAACCACGCAGAUGUUAACUUUACUGGCGUAUUUCCCAAGCCCUAUCCGUGUCCUAAGGCAGCUUCAUGUUUAGGACUCCUCAACUCUGUCCGAAAACCUUGCAAGACAGGCUAUGGAGGACCUCUCUGCGAGGUAAGAGUUAGAUGAAAUAUAUGCAUUUUGUCAAGGCUCAAGCGCACAUCUAUACUUGAAACAAGGGUAUGCGCUGUGACACUAAAGGUUUUUUGCACAAGUCAGUAGCACUAACCAUACAGAACUAUCAGAUACGGAUGCAGAUGCAUUAGAACCUCCAUGUGCGACCACUUUAGUAAGGGACACUUCACACGUAACUUAGCGAACACCUAUUUCAUUGCGACUGACCAUCUGUCAAAGACCUCACGUUGCUAUCUCUCUUGAUAAUUUUUCAUUAUUUAAGGUAAGUGGCAGACUGUACAAAUAGUGUGCAACAGUGAUAUAGAUGGUUACUUGUCCCGAUGCUCUACCACUAAGCAUCAGGAGACUUGUGGGAGCUAAGGCCACUAAAAUAGGUUCACUUGAGAAACAUCCUGCGUACUUUUAGUACUUGGAUGUUGACAGGUCCAUAUACACAAUGACAAUUAUUUCAAAUGUUGUGGAAAAUAAAGUUUACAGGGUGUUUCAAAAGUUCGUUCCGAUUGUAAAUUGCAUUUUGCGCAAAGCAUUUAAGGCUUCUUUCGGUAAAUGUAAACUGAUUAAGGUAAGAAAUUUAUCUAAAUAACCGUUAAAAGCAAUUUCAAACUAAAAUUUGAAGAAAUUAUAACUUUUUUGUAAUUUUUGCCCCAACUGUACACGUACGCGAGGUUUUUCCCGCCAUACUUUUCCUGCCCAUUUUGUAGGUUUUCUAUUUUGUAUUUUUAUCGUUUUCUUUCAUUUUCUCUACUCGUUGGUGAAAAUGAAGGCCUAAACUGUUUGGGCUAGAACUCAGGCAUCUAUUUUUAUGGCCUUCUGGCCAUUCCGUCCAAAAAAAUCGUCAAAUUGUUGAAGAAGUCUGAACGAUGACCGAACAAGUGGUAAAAGUAAAGACCUUAGAAGACAAACCAAGGAGUGCAUGGCCGUUUUUUCACAAACUGUGUGAGAAAUGUUGUCGAAAAGCUGUAAGUAUACGCUUAAUAAUUCUACAAAACAGAGAGGUAAAAAAAAUUUCAACUUCACGUUAUCGAUCAAAGUUUCGAGCACAACGGUAAGGGGAUAAGUUACCAAAAAAGUUUGAGAGCCUUGAAGAGGAAAAGGCGGUGCACGCUUCAUGCAAGCAUGGUGUCAGAAGGAUUUGCCAACUUUAUACCAAAGGAGGACCAGCCGGCAAACUCAUGUGAUGUGAACCUCCUAGAGACCAUCUGGAUUACCGUAGACGAGACAAAAUACAAGGAUCCAGCCCCCAAAAUACUGGACGAGCUAAGACAGAGACUACGCUUCGCCUGGAAGAAUGUGACUUUGGACAUGCCUUGGGAGCUCGUACAUUCUAUACCUCACCGCUUAGAAAAUGUCAGAAAACAUACAGGAAGACAUUCUGGUUACUAAUAUUUUAGUUAUUCAAUGUUAAAUAAAUAAUGAAUAACAUUCUAAGUUUUACAAAAAGUUUUUUUUGUAAUAAUUAGUGAAAUUUAAGGGAAUAAAAAAUCGGAACGAACUUUUGAAACACCCUAUAAUUUGUUAUUUUCAGCCCCGACGAAACUUUUUCUUUCAAUUCAGGUGUGCGUCAAAGGAUAUUACAAGUCCAUGUCAAGAUGCACAAAGUGCCCCACUCUACCCUGGUUGAUAACACAGAUGGCGUUCAUUGUCUGCGCCAUUUUCCUUCUUAUCUUUAUUCUUUUCCGUGACGAGAGCAAGACCAAGGGCAAACGACGUACGUUGUCCGAUGUAGUGCUGGCGCGCUUAAAAAUUGUCGUUGGUUUUUACCAGGUAUAGUUUAAUUUCUUAUCCUUCAGUUUAAAAUUAUUUUUUUCUUUAAGCUUAACUGGGAUUUUUUUUCACCCGAACAUUUGCGCGGCCGGGUUGUUCGAGAUUGUUCAUGUUAUCUCUUUCCCUUCUAGACCCAGUUAUGGCGAGAUCAUCUGUCCCUUUAACUCUUAAAUCUGUGACGAGUAUCCUAUAAUCGGUUACCAUUGAAAUGAGACCUUUCUGACUUAAUCGAUAUUUUUUGCACUGGCCAGUAUUAGGAGUGAAUGAGUCCAAAGGGUCAGUGUGUGCGACUAAUCACCUCGAUCCCCUAAUUGGUACGUUUAUUGGACGUUUACACCGUAAAAAUCACGUGCAUGACUCGUGUAGAGUGGUCAAGGUAUUUGCCCAGUGAAUAAUAACACACGGAUGGCUGUCACAGUGCUCCAAUUAACCAUAGAACGGCUUGGAAACUAAAAUUUGAUAGCAUUUUGUUUUGAAUAAGGGUAUGGACAUGAUUUUCAGUUGAACAUGCCUAGCGAGCGUAAAAAUCGCAUCCAGUCUGAGGAUUAAUGAGAGAGGGAAAAUUUUAUAUAUUUAGGCAUGAAAAAAUUCAAGGGAACAUUGGUACUUAGAAAUAACAUCUCAUAGGCAUGGAAAAAAUGGGUUCAUGCCCUCGCAGCCCAAAAUUGACCCAGCUAAACUUAGGUCCCAGAUCUCUCGCCGGCUUGAUAAUUCAUUCCCAGUUUUUGCUCCUCUGGUUUGGCAUGCCGGGCAUGCCGAUGGUGAAGCCAGUUGGUUUGGCAUGCCCAGCAUGCCAGGCAAGAAAUUGGCAUGCCCAGAGAGACUGAUUUUGAUGUUCGCUUCCGCAUCAUAUCCUGAGAAUCACAUAUAAUCGCCAAAUAUAUCUUAGGGAGCUUGAAGUUACAGGUUUCAUGCCUGGCAAUAAAUGCAGAUUAUAAAAAAAGUCAUGUUUGUCACAAUGUGUGUCACGGUAUCGACUGGCAAAACUGAAGACAGAAGCCUGGAUUUAUAAAUAAAAAGCACAACAAAACAACACUAUUCAUGCAUAAAAUAGAAUACUUAACUCGCAAUCAAAGAUUAAUCCUUUUAUUUCAAACCGAUACUGACAUUUCUGGGUCCAGAUUUAAAUUUGAUCGCGGAAAAGCGUCUUAAACAAUAAGAUAACAAAUCCUCUCAGUAUAAAAUUGUCCAUGCUUAAGUUUUAUCGCGUCGGAAUGUUUCCCGGUCAAAAGCAUUAAAAGACUGGUGAAAAUUAAGCUUACCAGGUCGUUCAAGUCAGUACGAGAGUACGACGUUAAUGACUGCAAAGACGUUCUGAUUUGGUGAAUUUGGACUGCCUUCUCAGAGAGAUUUUGCUUAGUUUUUCAGUGCGCUUCCUGUCGGUUAUGCGAAUCUCGCAAACUGUUUUACUCCUUGCUGACGAUAGUCCUUUGAGCAACGUCAUCUGCGUCAUCCGAAGAUACCCCGAGCACGCACGAAAUCGGCCGAAUUUCCGCAGAAGUGUUUUCGGAUGACGAUGAAUCUAGUUUGUUAUAGCGUGGCAGUUGUGGCGUCACGAUGUCGUCAUGUCUCUUCUCACUUGUUUGUCUUUUUUUUUGUGCGGUGCAUGGUUGCGAUGUUGGUGAAUGCUGGACAAGAAAUGGAUUCUGCGAGAGACUGUAAGUACAAAUUUAGUAUUAAUUUGGUAAAGAAAAAGCCUGAAUAUCGAACAAAUCCCGUGAAUUAGCCUUUUGGCAUUCAGUUUAUCUUGCUGUUGAGCAUGCCUAAGAACUCCGGCAUAAGUGGUUGUCAACUCGUUCACUUCGGAUUGUUUCUGUUUGUACGUCUUGUAAUCUUCUUCUGCUGCUAAGAAGACUAGAGAAAACUUCAAAAAUAUAGAAACCAAAGCUAAAAAAAGUCAGAUCUAAUUUUAUAGCUCGAGUAUAAUUAUUUUUGGCACCUACGGUCAUAUUUUUUCACUGUACUGGUAAAGUUACUUAUUUUUGCUGCAUAGUUUGACUGUUGUUUGUAAGACAAUCAAACGGAUAUUACAAUCACUUUUGGAGACAAAAUAAAAUACCCGUAAAUCAAAUGCCAAAAUCAGAUUUGGAUUUCGUUUUAAAAAAAUGAACAUGCUGCAGGUGUCAAUGCAAAGUUGUAAACAACUCAAUACAAGCAGUCUGUGAAUGUGCGUUUAGGUCCACAAAACUAAUUUUUCUUUUGGACAUCUCAUCCAAGCAAAGACUUAAGGCUUACAUUGCUUGUCUACGAGUGUACUACAAAAUGCUUUGCUACAGUAAGCCUCUGAGAGGCGAUUCUGGUAAAUUUAUAGGACGCUAAAAUGCAAAUAAUUCUAAGCUUAAACAACCUGGCUGGGUCAGACUUUUGAAUUACAAAAUGUUCACGUUCGCCGGCUCUACUUUAAAUGAACAUGGUUUUUGAAAUGAUUUUGUACUAUUUUAACCCGAAAAUUAUGAUUGGGUUAUAAAGCUUUUAAAACGGACGAAAACUAAGCUAAUAAACAUGUUCAAUGUAAAAACUAAGAUUUAGUCGCUUUUUCAACUUUGCUUUGUGGGCCGAAAAAUUUACCUUUACGCAAAAACAAAAGCAAACAAUGAUGCUUUUAUUCGACAUAUUUUCUGAGAAUUUUAUCUGAUCAAUUUAAUUUCACUAGCAUUGUUUUCGUAUAGGAAUUUUCCUAAUUAUAUGAGCUUUUAAUUUGAUAAUUUUGAUACUAUAUAAACUUCUCAUUUGAUAGCUUCACUUUUUUAUACACCGAUUGAGAAACAAAUUCGCUCUCGUUAAAUCCUAUUUUAUGACCUAUUUAUUAGAACUCUAAGUAACAUACGAAAUGAUGUAACCGGACAGGCUUUAACCUCUGGUCCUAAUUUAUUUUUUCUUUGCAACCCCAAAUCAGUUGACGGGCCGUGAGAGAAAAUCGUCACAAAAAGAUACGAAAACGUUUUCGCUGAGUUUCCUUUACAUAUUCCGGCUUUAUAUGGGUGUACACCUUACCUGCUUAAAAAUGAAACUGUUGUUCAAUUAAGUGUCAGUCAAACUCGGUAUAAUCUUGACUUGCAAAUCCAAAUGCAAAGGUUUAUUUCACAGUAGAAGAGCGUGUAAACAUCAUCGAACAACGCAAUGUAAAUUGGCUAAUGUGAAACCACGUUUCUUUCAAUUUAUUUAGCAUGCAUUUAUCUCAAUAGCACACUCUUGUGAAAUUAGCCUCAGACAAUUAGACCCUGUUUACAUGGAGUGGGGGACCCCGGUCUAGUGGGGUAAGUUUCUGUUGUUUUGUGUCCUCCAGAGCGUGAAAACAAAAGAAACCAACCCCACUAGACCGGGGUCCCCCACUCCAUGUAAACAGGCCCUUAGUUGCGACCUUGAACAGACUCAACAAGCCAAUAUGAAAAUAUGUUAAGGGAAGCUGAGCUCUACAUUUUCUAUUUCUUUUUUUUUCAUAUUGCCCUUGCAUGUGUUAACAUUCCAUUUCUUUUUUGUUACAGGUAACUUCCAGACAUGAAGAGGAGAUAAUUACUUUUCUAGAGAGCAAUUCUUUGAUACUGUCAGUUAUUACUGACGUACUUUGAGUUAAAAACAAAGAACACAGACACUGGUAAUGACACAAAAACAUUAAUCCCUGGCAAGCCUACAAAACAAGAAAGAGGAACUCAGACUCCUUAUCAAAAUGUGAAACAAGAUAAAAACAGCUUUUCUAACGUAGGGAAAAUUGCGUUAGACAGAUUUUAAUUGCAACGUUAUAUUCAAGCACAUUGCAUUGUCAAACAUCAUAAUUUCAAUACUGAAUAAUGAACAGUGAUUUUGGGGCUUAGCUCAGUUUGUAAUGAACUUUGAAAGAUAUUCUUUAACUUUGUAUUUUUAAAAGCUUUCAUGGAACAUAGAUGCAUUGUAUUAUACAAUGAAAAUAGUCUCUGUCUCUAUUUUUACUGAUUUCAGUCAAUUCCAUUUUAUUGGGAAUGUGAAAUGGGAAUCCUAUUAAAGACUCAUUAAAAGGGGUAAGGAGUUUUUACAAUCCCCCAACAGGUCAUCUCCACGAUUACGCUGUUUUAUUACUACGGCAGAAUCCCUCAGGAUUUUACUUUCUUGUGAAAAUUAGAGCUUUUGUUAUUUAAACGUCGCUAGGACAACCAAAUCUAUGAAAAUGAAAGGAAUAGCAAUGACGUCAUCGUGUAACCGUACAUCAAAAGAUAAGCACUGUGAUCUGUUUAGUUUUUUUUUUUUUUUAGCCAGGCUUAAAAUAUCUGUAGAUUCAAGGAAUUAUAACCUGUGCGUUGAGAGCAUGCCAGAGACCGAUUUUGUCAUGCCCGGCAUGACCCAGAUUAUGACACGCCGGGCAUGCCAGAAAAUUUGGCAUGCCCGGCAUGCCAGAGAUUUUGCUGGGUAUGAAUUACUUAUUACUAGAACCUAGGCUUCUCGCGGCCUGGGUGAGAAGGUCACGGAACCUCAAAUUAUGCUUACAGGGCAUGCGAAAUUCUGUUGCAUGCCAAUUUCAAUGCAAAACCACUCUGGGGCCACCCCCUCUAUCAUCAGUGAGCAAAUCAUUGACGAUAGGCAUGGGAAAAAUCCUUGCAUGCUAACCAACAUUGAAAACGUAGCAGAAAUGUCCUCAAUUGCUGAGUCAUUCCCUAGGGGAGGCUUUAAAAUACAGAAUUUCCUGACAUGAACGAGGGAAUUUUCCGUAAACAGCAUGUGAUCAUGCCGGCUAGGGCCUAUUGCCUCCGUAUUGCCCCUUUUUACAGCUAGCUAGGCUCAUUUUUAGGUUCCAUGGCCUAAAAUGACGAAAAAUUCAUGCCCUAAAUGUAAAAAGUCCAAAAAAGUCCUCGAAAUUUUAGUUUCCAAGCCGUUAUAGAAAAAAAUCCUAAAUGUCAUCAUCAUCAUCAUCAUCAUCAACAACAACAUCACAGUUACUAUUAUUAUUAUUAUUAUUAUUAUUAUUAUUACUAUUAUUGCAAUGUUUAUAGUCGUUCAAAAGCUCAAUAAUACUGUUUUUUCUUCUCGUGUCUUCAUUUUCAGGUUACAGCUGGGACAUUGGACGCCUUCUCCUAUGUUCAAUGGCCUGAAGCUCUUCUCCAACUCAGCAACUAUGCCAAAUUCGUUCAGCUGAAUCUGGUUCAGAUCGCUCCCAUCCACUGCUUCAAAGAAAGUCUGAAAAUGAACGCCUAUGUCGGUCUUGCAGUAACUGUGGCAUUGAAUGUAGGAGUCAUUAUACUGGCAUUUAUGUAUUUCCACUUCCGGAAAAUCAUGAUAAGGUAUGACCAUAGUUGACUCUUGUUCAAACCAUAAGAACUCUCCUUGAUCAAAAACUGUUUAGAAACCUAACGCGCAUGCAAUUUGUUUCUUUUAUCAUGAAUUCGCGACGGCAAAGGUAAUAACUGAAAAUCAUGAUGAUGAUGAAAAUUACAGGUGUGACAACGUUAUGAAGACAGUAGUCAUGAUGAUGACGGGAAAUGGUUUUCUGAUGAUACAAUAAUUCGCAGGACCAUGACAGCAAUUUCACCAGUAAAGAUAAUGUUUUUAAAUGGAAAUAAAUAGACACUGGUACGUGCCUCAAAUUAAGGUUUCUCGGAGUAAUAUUGUUAACGUCCAUUUUCUGUUGCUCACCGAGGCUCAACAACGACACGUCGCCUGAGGAGAAGGCUCAAGCAAUUUCUUUGAGUAAAGAGCGCUGUUAUCGCAGCGCCUUCCUCGUCAUGUUUAUCACGUUUCCAGAAGUCAGUUCAAGGAUUCUUAGAAUGCUUCCGCCCGCAUGUCACAAAAUCUGCCAGGUAUGAAUAGUAGUAGUUCCAGUCAUUUGUCAGUAUGUAAUCACGCGUUUGUGUCCCCAAUUAGUUGUCAAAACUAAAUACACUGACGCAUUAAUAAAGCUUUUACUCACUUAAUUUGGGUCCGCAAAAACAGUUGCAGAUCCAGGCGGAGGGUCUGGGAGCCUAUCAGACCUGACACUUGUUUGAGACAGAAAUUCUUACAUCGAUAGGAUCAUAUAUGUAUAUCACUUUUUAUCUGGCUGAUUUUUUUAAUGAAAUGCACGUUGCAUUAUUCCACUAAACUUAAUUCCAGGGAUAUUAAAAAAUGAUUACUUUUCUGCAGGCAUUAACUAAUACACUGUUAUUGGACCUCAGGAUAUAGAUAUGAAAAACUGUACCUACUACCUCAAGAUGGAUUACGGCUUAAAGUGCUUCGAUAAGGCUUACAACAAAUACGUGACUGCAGCCUAUGUGGGUUCCAUUUACCCAGUGCUCUUUCCUCUGUUUAUUGUGGUGAUGCUGUAUUUCCUCUACUAUCGCCCUCACAUCAAAAACCGCGCCCUCAAUCCACAACCAAAGCGGGCUGAAAUUGUAGAAGGCAUGCGCUUUAUCUAUGAGAACUACAACGAGCGCUGCUGGUACUGGGAAAUAGUGGAGACGAUCAGAAAGUUGAUUCUUACUUCCUGCUUAUCACUAAUCGGCGCUGAAGGACGAACCUACAUUGGAAUGGCGGCAAUGGCUUCUGGGUUUUAUGCCGUCGCACAUGCACAGGCUCGUCCAAUUCCCGACAAGUUUGAGCAUUUGUUACAACUGUCAUCGCUGGUGGCAACUUUUUUCAAUCUGAGUGUGGGAGUCCUGUUACGAAUUCCUUCUGAAAUGGUCAACUAUUCAAUCGAAAUGGACAAAGAUUCUGUUGGAGUUACUGUGCUGCUGGUAACAGCCAAUGUCAUGGUGAUAGGGCUGGUAGUGAGUGAGUACUUAAGGGUAUUAUAUAUGUUAUUUAUAUAUAGGUACAAUUUAAGCAGAUUAUUGCAACAACUAUAUACAUGUGCCUUUUUUGCUUUUAUAGUUUGUCGAACUUAUGUUAGCAUUUUUAAAGUCCUUUCAGUGUUUUCUUGAAAAUUCGUCCAGAACAUUAAGGUUAAGAUUGAAGACACUUGGUCGUGUUCUAAGGCACAUAUGAACCCUAUUUUACACAACUUGUUUAAGAAGACAAAUGAAAGCAAUGAUUUCCCUACCAUCCCACUGCUAGGUAUAACUUCGUUUUUACGGCAAACGGCACAGGUAACCAUGCGACACAAAUGAAUCAGGCAACGGAAUGCUCUUGAAACAAACAAAUUAAACUUGAGGAAAUGGCGAAGAGUCCACGGGUAUUCGGAGAGAAAUGGUAGCAGGAUACACCAAAUUAUUACCCGAUGAAUGGUAUCGGAUUGUUAAAGAAUAAAAGCAACCGUUCACACUCUAAACUGCCGAAAAAGGGUAAGGAGUUAUGCAGAUUGAGAAGGGUGUUUCCCUCGAUGUACAAACUCGUUAAUAUAAGUAAUCCGAAUUCAAUAAUUCAAACUGAAUUAAGUUAAACUGUUAAGAAAGUCCUCAAUGUUAGUUUUCUCUUUUCAUUUCUCAGUCCGUUAUCUCUAUACGUUAAGUUGGAGUCUGUACAAUGUCUACAAGAACCCACAAUGUAACUGGGAGUGCUGUGUCGGUGUUAUCCUGUUGGCUCAUAACACCAGAGCAAAUGUCACUGAGGAGAUAGGUGAUCAAAGUAUGGAAAGGAAUCAGGUCCAAGGAGACGAUCUUGAGGUUUGUUUCAUUUUGUUUGUUAGCCAUGAUCAUGAGCAAGGCCUAAUUGAAAGCAUUAACACCCGCGGGUUGAUAAUUUUAUGUAACAACCUGCUGCACGCUGCAAAGGACCCAGUAACCAGACGGUGACGUGUAAGAAAAUAAAGCCUUACUGUACGUAUAUGUACUAACAGUGUUAAAAUUUUGUUAAUAGGUUCGCACUAUAGGAGGCUCAGUCAAUGACGAGGAAUUUACAGAAUUAGGGGUGGAAAAUGCCGGCGCAGAUGACAUAUUUACAGACGAACUACAAAAAGAAACCGAUGAAGUUUAUGGGCGUGAUAUCGUAAGUGCAUCACAAACAUCUGGGGCACUUAGGAGACCAAGGAGAAGAACACAUCAUUUCCCCGAGUAUGACCCAAAAUGCGCUGAAACACACCAUGUCAAAAAGGCUGAAUCUUCUUUGGAAACCAAAGAAAGCCCCCAACCUUUCAGCGUCUCGCCAGAGACUCCGACACGAGAUCCGAGUGUCGAUGUUGAGGUGAUGAUCAAGGAAAUCCUUAGAGAGAACAUAGUUGAGAUUCAUGAUCCGAACAGGGACAAAAGUAGUAAGAAGAAACCAAGCAACUUAGCGAACGUAGACGCAGAUCCUGGGAGGUGUAACCAAGCUGUGGAUACCAGCGAUGAUGAAGAAACUGAAUUUUAA